AAUCAUUCUGAUUUUAUUCUUAAUAAGAAUGUUCUCCAGAUUAUAAUUUCUUAUAUAUCUUCCAAACAACGUUUGUUCUUUUUUUGGCUUUCGAUAGUUUUGUUGAAAAAACAUGUCUUCAUCGUUAACAUUUCAGCAAUCAAUUCUUCGAACUAUUGUUUCGAAGAUUUGUCAUGAUGUCGGAUGGCAUUCUGCUCAUACAUCCACAUUAAAUGUUCUAUCUGAUCUACUUGAUCAUUAUAUGCGACGUUUAUCAAUGUUGGCAGUUGAUGCAGCAAAUCUUGCAGGACGCAAUGAACCGACCAUCGAAGAUAUGUUCAUGGCAUUCAAAUAUAUAGCUAUUGAUAUGAACCAAUUAAAAGAUUAUGUUUUAAAUGUUGAAUCAUCACCGCUAGAAUUUGGCCUUCCUGUUUAUCCCAUACCAAAUCGACCAAGCCGUUUAUUUGAUCAUUGUGAUCCUGAUGAAGAGCGGCCAGAAUAUUAUGACGAAUGGUUACCUUCGUUGAAUUGUACCAAAUAUAUCAAGUCUGAUUCAAAUGAACAUGAUAAAUCCAUGAUUUCAGCUGACGAAAACCCAGUUGUUUCAAAUUCCGAAAAAAAUGCUCAACAACAACAUGAAGAUAAACCUGCCGAAACAUCGAAUAAAAUAAUUUCGGACAACGAUAAUGCACAGAAAACAGAUAAAAAUGAUGAUGAAAUCGAAACAGAAACAGUUGAUGAUGAUCAAAAGACUAAAUUAGUUUUCAAAUUUAGUUUGGGAAAAAGUUUGGACGAAAAUCAAUCUAACGCCAAUCAAGAAGGAAAUGUACAAAAUGGAAACGAUAAUAUGAACAAAUUAGCUUUGUAUCAAUCAGCUUCAGCGAAUGAUUUAGUUAAUCAUUUAAUGUCAUCAAAAGCUUACAUGCGUUUAUUAUCAAAUACCAGUUCCGGUUCAUUGUUACCUAAUUUGGAAAAUCAAGAAACAAGGAAAACAUUACGUUUCCCUGAUACUCAACGUUUACCAAAUGAUCAUAUAAGCAGAGAAAAUUCGCCCGAACCUGGUGAACCAGAGAAUGCCGAUUUCCCUGUUAAUAAUCCAUUAAAUGCUAUAAAUAAUAAUAUUGAUUUGGAUAUAAAUUUGAAAAAAUUGAAAAAGUUAUCCAAUGUUAAAAAACCAAUCAAAAUAGGAUCAUUAAGCUUGGAUGAAUUCGGUGAAUCAGUUACACCAAGCAUUAAAGUCAAAGAAAUAAGAUCAAAUAAUAAAGAGCGUAACAAAAAAGAAGGCACUGAAAAAAUUUCUAGGCUGAAAAAAGCAAAACUUGAUAAGCCAUUGAAUUUCAAAUUUACAAUUUCUAGUGAAGAUAAAAUUGUUGCUAGCCAGGACAAUAGCAAUGCGGAAACAACGACUCCUGUCAAAAAACGGCAAUACAAACGUAAAGAUAAACAACCGAAAGAAAAUGUUGAACGUAAACCAAAAAAAGUUCCUGUCAAAAAAUCUAUUCAAAAACAAAAAGCAUCAAACAAAAAUGAUUUCGUUCCAUCUCCUCUUCAAAAUGCAUCUUUUGGCUCGAAUUUAUUUCCACCUAAAAAUUCCACAGACAUGACAGAUAAUCCAUUCGAUGAGAAUGAAGCAGCCGAAACAUUGGUAUCCAUUUUUGAAUCUAAAGAGGCGAAAAAAGAAAAUAAUGAUUCAUUAUCAAAUAUCAGUGGAAAUGAACUCGAUUUGGAUGAUUCGAAUUCAAAACUUACAUCGACAUCGAAUAAAAGUUCUCGUCUUAACAGCACUAUCAAACGUAACAAAAACACCAAUCAGAAAUUCAAAUCAGCUGAAGUAAUUAAUAGUUCUGAUGAUUCUUCAAGUGAUGAUAAUAUGGAUGUUGAUAAAAAUCCUGUUUCAUUGCUUGUUAAUCAAUCUGAUCUCGAUGAAAAUAUGAUUUCAACCAUUAAUCGUAGACGACGUAAUUCUAAUUCUUCUUUAUCAUCAGUUUCUUCAAAUUCUUCAAAAUCAUCUAGGUCCACCGCUAUGAUCGAUACUGGUAUGGAUAUCGAUGAUGGCAAACACGUUAGUAAAGCAUUCAAUGAGGAACAUCAUAUCAAAAAUAAAAAAUCAGGCGAAGAAAAAUCAAAAGAAUCAAGUAAACAUAAAAAGAAUAAAAAACAUUCUAAGAAUAAACAUCGUCAUAGUGAAGAAAAACAACAUAAAAAACAUAAAAAGAAUAAAGAUAAGGAUCGAGAUAGAGAUGGAGCUAAAAUUAAAGAAAAGGAUUUCAAACCAAAACUUAAUAUCAAAUUCGGACAAGGACCAUUGGAUAAGAAUCAGGAUCUUAUUGAAUUCGAUACCUUGAAUCAAUUGCCCGACAAACAUCCAGCUACAAUAAAAGAAUUCGAUGAAACAAAAUCGUUCGAUUUCAAAGAAUCAUGUUUAAUUAUAAAUAAAAAUGAAAAGAAAUCUUCAACAAAAAGUAAAAAAGUCGAAAUGGAAGAUAGACACAAUGAACUUGUAUUCAUCAAAGAUACUACAAUCAAGACAAAAGAAACAAAAACAAAGAAAAAUCCUAUUAUUAGUGUUGCUACAUCUUUAUUCGAUAACGAUUCGGUUGGAACAUCAUCAACUAACAAAUUAUCUAAAAGCAAGGAUAUUACGGUCCGUAAAGAAAAUAAAAAAGCUAAAAAUAAAGAUUUAGAUCUAAUCAAAGGUCAUGAAGAAUCACCAUUACCGUCAUCAUUGUCAAUAAAGCAUAAAAAAGAAAGAAGUAUUAAAGAUUCGAAGAAAGAGAAAGAUUCAAUACACAUUAUUAGUAAAAAAGAUGAGAAUCAAGCCUGUACAGUAAUUAGUGAAACAAUCAACGUCACAUCUGAAACUAUUGAUAAUAAACUUUGGAUUUGUCCUCUUUGUGUUAAACCCGAUGAUGCUACACCAAUGAUUUGUUGUGAUACUUGUGAUCAAUGGCAUCAUUAUUAUUGUCUGGGAAUCGAUCAUGAUCCGAAUCCUGGUGGCCCUUGGUUUUGUCCAAAAUGUUUUGAAAAACAAAAGAAAAAAAUGGAAAAGUUUCAAAAGAAGCAAGAAAAACUUAAAGCAAAAAAUGAAGAUAACAUUGUAACAAUCACUGUAACCACAAAUAUUGAUGAAACAUCCAAACCAAAAAGACCGGUUGGUAGGCCUAGAAAAAAUCCACCAAUUAAUUUGUCUACACCACAGGAUUCAGGCUUGACAAUUACACCAAUCGAUCCAUCGCCAAGUUUGCUUGUGACACCAUCCAUGAAAUAUGAUCAUAAUUUUAUAAAGGACCAACAAAGACAAGCAUAUCUUGCGCCAAUUGAAAUGAUGAUGAUGAAUCCGUCCACAAGUGAUAUUGGCGGUGUUAUUGAAAAACCUGUUCAGAAAAAAGAAAUUUGUCCUAAAUGUCAAAGUGUUGAAAAUCUAUCGGUAAAUAUGAUCGGGUGUGAUUCGUGUGAUCAAUGGUUUCAUUGGCCAUGUGUAGGCAUUAAUACUGCACCAAGUCCAGAUUCUUCUUGGUUAUGUGCCAAGUGUAUAAAGAAAAAAUCAAGCAAACGUUUAUGGGCUGAAAUUGAUUCGGGUUCCGAUAAUGAGCAACAAUCUGCAAAACAUCGACGUAAAAUGCAUCACCAUCAACGGCAAUCUGCAUCAUUAUCAUCAUCAUCAUCAUCAGCAGUUAUACGAACAAAACCACAUAUAGAAGAAGAUCUUGGCUACAUUGAUCCAAUUGUUGAUAUACAAACUGAUUCGAAACAAUCAAUAUGCGGUACAUGUAAACAACAUACAAAAAAUGAUUUGAAUGAAGAAUGGAUAGCCUGCGAUAUAUGUGAUGUAUGGUAUCAUUUUGUUUGUGAAAAUAUUAUUAAUGCGCCUGAUCCUAAUGAACAUUGGUUUUGUCGACAUUGUAUUAAAAAGCAGCGAAACAUUGAAAAUCAAAUCAAUAAUAAAUCUAAAAGAAAAUUGUAAUUAAUUAAUGCUAAUCUUGUUUAUGAUCGGAUUAUCGAUGCAAUUUUUUCGUAUUCAUAGUACUCAUUUUUUUCAUUUUAAAAUAAUAAAUCAAUAA